CGUCCUCCAUCUUCUCGAAGUUCUUAUACGCGCGGUAUUUGAAACAAGCCAACCUCUGCACCUCAGACUACAGAGCUAUGAGCCGUAGCACCAAACUCGCCCCGGAAGCCAACAGGAUCCUCUUCGUCAAGAACCUUAGCUACAACGUUACCGCAGACGACCUAUUUGAUCUUUUUGGGAAGUUCGGCCCUAUCCGACAAAUCCGCCAGGGCAUUGCCGCGAACUCAAAAGGCACGGCAUUUGUGGUAUAUGAGGACGUUCAUGAUGCCAAGCAGGCCUGCGACAAAUUGAACGGGUUCAAUUUCCAGAACCGAUACCUUGUUGUCCUGUACCAUCAGCCUGAAAAGAUGGCAAAGUCGAAAGAAGACCUUGCAGCACGACAAGAGAAUCUUGAAAAGCUAAAGCAGCAGCACGGCAUUGAAUAAACCUGCACUACAGUCUUUUUUAUUCCUUCAGCUAGAGCCCCUUUUUUUUUUCCUUCCCCCAACCCGUCACCACCUGUCUAACGGUCGCAAAAGUUCGCUUUCGGAGUUACCUAGCGCUACCUGGUCUCUACGGCUAUUGGAGUUUUGCUUCUGGUGUGAAUGGUCCAUCACUCUCCGGAUGAUAGGGCCCCCAGUUCCUGGCUUUACCUGAGUGGUUCUAGUUAAUUUAUGGCGCAUGCAAAAUGGAUUUCGAGACGAAUGAGUUCGGGGUGAUAACACAGCAGAUUAGGAAUUCCCAUUUUCUGCCUCAGAUUGCAGCGCGUAAUUUUU